GCAUAUAGAUUUAAUGUUCACUACAUUUUAUCGGAAAGAUACACAGAACUUCACCGCAGCAACUAUAAAAUUAUCAAACUCGCGAGUCUUCGAUAGAGAUUCAUCACUUUAGGUUAGAAGUAAUUUCUUUGGUUGAAAUUUUCACUACACAUCUCGUGUAGACAUUUUUCUAUGGCCCAAACUGGGGCCAGACCAGGACAAAUAUGGUCCAGGUUUGGAAAACGGGCCUGGACCCGAUCGCUGAUGAAACACUCGGCCCGAUCGGAACCAGAUUUGGCGCCCGAUCUGGCCGCCUGAUCGGCACCUCACCUGGCCCCAACCAUUUUCCCGCUAAGAGGUGAGAAGAAAAAGAUUUCAUCAGUUGAUUUACGCCACAGUAACACUCACGUUCUGGGAAACCAUAGGAUCUCUGGAAUUCUCUAUGGCAAUUUUUCGAAAAUGGUUCGUCUGAAAAGCUACAAAUAUCUCAUUUUCCUGGGACUAAUGGUUCAAUUUUCAAAUGGAAAACCAUGGCUCCAAGGCAGCAAUGACUUUGAUAUACUUGUCUUCGCUCAGAGUUGGCCAGAAACAGUUUGUUAUAAAUGGAUGCUAAAAUCAUCAGGUAACUAUUGUAACAUGCCCGAAUCUGCCGCCUGGUCCAUUCAUGGACUUUGGCCAUCUCAAUAUAAAAAAAUGGGUCCAAGUUCUUGCGAUAAUAGUUUAACUUUCGACUCAAGAGUUUUGAAAAAUAUGAGAAAAAAUUUAUUAAUUAAAUGGAUUGAUGUGCAUGGGAAGCGCCCAGAAUUGUUCUGGGAACACGAAUAUAUUAAACAUGGAACUUGUGCAGCUGUUCUCGAUAGUCUGAACUCUCAAAAAAAAUAUUUCCAGAAAUCCUUGGAGUUAUUUGAUAAGUAUCACAUGAAGAAUAUACUUGAUCAAGCAAAUAUUAAUCCUGGAAGAAAUCAUCCUGUUCAGAAUAUCCUAGAUGGAGUGAGGAAUAUUUUAGGGUAUAACACUCAAGUUGCGUGCCACAAAAAUCCGAGCACCCAAGAACAAUUCCUAUUGGAAAUAAGGAUCUGCUUCGACAAGACGUUACAGUUGACGGAUUGCGAUGGAAUCAUCUCCUUCCCUACGAAUUGCGACUUUGAAAUAGACGUUAUCUAUUAAAAACUGUACAAGGGUAAUUAUUCACAUAAUAAUCAAAGACAUGAAGAAAAUUUUUAAAUGGAUUUAUAUAGUAUUUUAACAAAUUUCGGCAAAUAAAUACACACGGGAAAGGU